AUGGCGGAAAAGUCGAGGAAGGCCUCAGGAGACGGUAACGGUGUAGUUAUAGAUCCUAGCGAUAAAGAAACAACAGACAGUGCUAUUACAAAUGGAAAAAGCAAAGUUCCAGCUGAUAUGGAUGAGUCCGAUUGUUUCGGAAGGCCUGGCUCACAGAUUGAUGAUAAAGUUAUAUUCAAAAAUAAAUUCGGAGAAAGUGUUGCGGCAAUUCCAGUGAUUGUAGACUUCAACCGCGUACUGCAACUCAAACAUUUUGGUAAAAACGAAGGAGUUAUUUCUGGGGUAUCAAAUCGGGACCUUCUCCAUGCUGUAGCAGGAGUGUAUGAUAUUUCUCUACCUGACAUGGACACAGAAACUAUAUAUUCCACUGUUUGUGCACGAUGGUCUCGUACUAUCGUUCUAGUACAAGAUAUCAAGGAUGCAGUUGAUGACACAACUGAGCGAAAUAUCAAACGAAGAAGCAGAAAAGACAAGAAUAAGGACAAAGACAAGGACAAGGAAAGUGUAGGAGAGGAGAGAAACUGGAAGAGAAAAGUUGAUGAGACGAACGAUACCUACAGAGAGGAGGAAGUGACAGACAGAUUUAGUGCUUUUGUUGACAUAUUUAGUGACACAGAUGAGGAAAGUGAGGAAGAAGAGAAUGAGUUGGAGGGAGAGGAAAGUGAGGAUGAAGAUUUCACAAAAGGAAUCAGUACCUUUCUGGCUGAUGCAACUCGGCGGCAGAAGCAACGAGAAGCCUGUGAUGGCAUUAUUGCUCCAUCAAUGAUUGGUAUUGAAAAUAGACUGCUUGCAUGUGCUACAUUUGAGAAGAAAUAUGUUGACCACAAAGACAGGGUUAUACACUUGACUUUGAUAAGUGUCAGGCCGCGGUAUCGAAUGUUCAAGCUGGGAUGUUAUUUGUUGUCUAAAUGUGUCCUGCCAUCAGUUGUUGGCCAGCAUGAAGCUGUCGUGGUACACGCCGAUAAUUCUGCUGUUGGAUUCUUUCGCAAGUUUGGAUUCAGUGAUGACAUCAUCCUCAACAGUCGAUGGAGCCAACUUGCAGAGGCUUUCACAAACUGUACACUGAUGAGCUAUCUGCCUGCAUUUACAUCUCAUGCAUUACUGCACACAGAGGCCACUAAGGACCAUAACCUAGAGCUGUAUGACCUGGAUAAGGAAAUGGAAGCUUGGCAGAAGAAAAGUAGAGAAGCUUACCUUGGACAAAUGUGUUGUAUGAUGAGAUACCGUAACGAGAUACUACAGCUAAAACAUAUU